UUGCAGGUUUCUCUGGAUAACUGUGUGGAAGUGGGACGAAUCGCCAACACGUAUAACCUCACAGAGGUGGACAAAUAUGUCAAUAACUUCAUCCUAAAGAACUUCCCCUCAUUGCUGGGCACAGGGGAGUUUGUCAAGCUGCCAUUUGAGCGACUGGCGUUUGUGCUGUCGAGCAACAGCUUGAAACACUGCACUGAGUUGGACCUGUUUAAGGCGGCGUGCCGCUGGUUACGAUACGAAGACGGACGAAUGGAUUACGCCUCCAAGCUGAUGAAGAACAUCCGCUUCCCCCUCAUGAACCCACAGGAGCUCAUCAAUCACGUGCAGACGGUGGACUUUAUGCGCACAGACAACACUUGUGUCAACCUCCUCCUGGAAGCUAGCAACUACCAAAUGAUGCCCUACAUGCAGCCAGUUAUGCAGUCAGAACGGACAGCUAUCCGCUCAGACAGCGCCCACCUGGUCACCCUGGGUGGCGUUCUGCGGCAGCAACUAGUUGUGAGCAAAGAGCUGCGACUAUUUGACGAGAAGGCCCACGAGUGGAAGGCACUGGCACCCAUGGACGCGCCACGCUACCAGCACGGCAUCGCUGUCAUUGGCAACUUUCUCUACGUGGUGGGGGGCCAGAGCAACUACGACACCAAAGGCAAGACAGCAGUGGACACGGUGUUCCGGUACGAUCCCCGCUACAACAAGUGGAUCCAGGUGGCAUGCCUUAAUGAGAAACGAACCUUCUUCCACCUCAGUGCACUCAAGGGAUAUCUCUACGCUGUGGGUGGAAGGAACGCUGCCGGAGAGUUGGGUGAGUUUUUCUUUUUUCACAUAUUUGUUUUUAUCUUUCUUUUUUAAUAACAUAAUAUUAA